AGCCGCAGGAAGUCAAGAGGAGGGCGCAGAUAGUAACACUCAAAGUACAAACAACGAGGAGAUGACUUCUGUAGCAGUGGUCUGAACCAGCCGAAUCUCACACGGUCUAAUGAGACGUUAGAGAAGGAGACGUGCGUCGGAAUUUCAGCUACCCCCUGAGGGGGGUGGGGGGUGUUUGCUUUACCUGGCCAGCCUGAGACGCAGAGCUGAUGGAGAGAUGCUGGGCUGAGUGCGGUUCCACUCUAGAGCGCUGUUGAACAGAGAGCUUCAUUCAGCUCAUAGACUCUGCUGAAGGGGAGCGGUCUCUUUCAGCGACCUGUGUGAUUCCUGUCUGCUUUUAGGCGUAAUUCGAGGGCUAUUUUAGACGCAACAAACCGUGCGGUUUGUUAAGAAGAGAGACCGAAACCAUCUGUGAUUUUUCAUUGUGAGUCUCUUGGACGCAGCAUGGGGAUGUAACUGGGUUCAACAUGCAUCUGGAAGUGGCGUGAGGUUACCACAGCCCGAGAAGAGCAAACUGCUGGGGCGUGUGGUUAAUUGAAAUCGAUCCGGUGGUCUUUUUUUUUUUUUUUUGGAUGUGAAGCUGUAGCAGAGGUUCUUUCUCCUCUCCUCUCCUCCUCCCCAUUCCUCUCACCUCCAACAUGACUUCACUGUCGGGGACUAAGGAGAGGUCUGUGAGCAGCCGGAGCAGAAAAUAUGGGGUCCCUGACACAUCGCCGACCAAAUCUUCCUCCUUCUUCCCGGACACAUGGUACCGAAAGGCCUAUGAUGAGACCACCCGCUCCGGCACACGCCCCGCCCCAGAGGGUGCUGGCUCCAUGCCCAGCUCCACGGGAACACCAUCCCCAGGCUCAGGAAUCUCCUCACCAGGAUCCUUCUCUGGGUCACCUGGGACCAUCUCCCCAGGCAUUGGGACAGGAUCACCCGGUUCCCUAGGUGGCUCCCCAGGUUUUGGGACAGGAUCGCCGGCCUCAGGCAGUGGUAGUUCGCCCGGAAGUGAAAGAGGGAUAUGGUGUGAGAACUGCAAUGCAAGGCUGACAGAGCUGAAACGACAGGCACUAAAACUGCUCAUCCCUGGACCUUAUUCCAGCAAGGAUCCCUCAUUCUCGCUCCUUCUCCACGAUAAACUUCAGGUGCCCAACAGUUCUCGCCGGGCGUGGAACGAGCGUGACAGUCGAUGCGAUGUUUGCGCCACCCACCUUACUCAGCUCAAACAGGAAGCUGUGCGGAUGGUUCUGACUCUCGACCAAUGGGAUUUAUCUCCAGCCUCUUCCCCUCCAGCCCUGAGUGGACGAUAUGGGUCUCAAGCACCUCCGGGUCCAUCAUCAGGAGCACCAGGAGGGCCUCUGUCACGUGAAUGGCCUCCCUUUCUCCCUUCCUCUUCCUCCCCCUCAGCUGCUGCUGCUGCUGCUUCUCAGCCUGCCCACACAUCCUCUCAAUCCCCUUCUCCGGUUCCCAGCCAGACCCCAACACCAAGCCCUAGCCAUGGAUCAUGCAGUCCGCAAUCUCAAGGUGCAGGGCAUAGACUGGGGUCCAAGCCCAGCUCUCUGGGCCUCGGAGGUGGAGUGGACAGAAGAAACGGGUCCCCUAGUUCAGGAAAGACAUCUGGUGGGCAGCAGCAGGCAGUGACUGGAGUAAACAGCCCUGGAAAUAAUGGGGGUAGCAGCAGUAAUAAUGGGACUGGAGCAGUACUGAGCACGGCAGCUCUGCAGGCACAUCAGCACCUGAACAGAACGAAUGGAGGAGUCACACUCUAUCCAUAUCAGAUCUCCCAGAUGAUCUCAGAAGUCUCCAGAGAGGGAAUUACCGAAGCUGCCCUGAACCGCUACAACACACACUCGCCCUCACACACAAAUUCAUCAUCACAUACAAACUCUCCCUCUCACACUCCAGCUGCAACCACCACAGCAGCGACUGCCACCUCCGCCGCUGCCUCUUUCUUUGCCAGAGCUGCUCAGAAGUUGAGCUUAGCGUCCAAAAAGAAGAAGCAGAAGACGGCUGCGCUCACAGCUACAGUGACAUCAUCGCCAUCGUGUGACCCACCCCUAUUCCCCACCAAUUUUAGCUCCACCUUGUUGAUGGCUCCUCCCCCAGCUCCACCUUGUCUCCUCCGUGCAGCAAACAAGAUCAAAGAUACUCCUGGACUUGGAAAGGUGAAAGUGAUGGUGAGAGUUUGCCCGGUGUCUCAGUCUGAUGCAGCCGAGUCCAGUUCCUUUCUCAAAGUGGAUCCCAGGAAGAAACAAAUCACCAUCAUGGACCCAUCAGCAAAUCAGACGCAAAGUGCUGCCUCUCAGAAAAGGGCCGGAGCCAAUCAGGUCCCACCAAAGAUGUUCACUUUUGAUGCAGCGUUCCCUCCUGAUGCAUCACAGGCGGAAGUGUGUGCAGGAACAGUUGCCGAGGUUAUUCAGUCGGUGGUGAACGGAGCAGAUGGCUGUGUCUUCUGCUUUGGACACUCUAAACUGGGUAAAUCUUACACGAUGAUCGGCCGCGAUGACUCUCUUCAGACUCUGGGUAUAAUCCCCUGUGCCAUUUCCUGGUUGUUUAAGCUCAUCAAUGAGCGAAAAGAGAAAACUGGUGCACGCUUCUCCGUCCGUGUCUCUGCAGUUGAGGUUUGGGGAAAAGAGGAGAACCUUAAGGACUUGUUAUCUGAAGUGGCUACAGGCAGCUUACAGGAUGGGCAGUCACCUGGGGUCUACCUGUGUGAGGACCCCAUUUGUGGCAUGCAGCUGCAGAACCAGUCUGAGCUCCGUGCUCCAACACCAGAAAAGGCAGCCUGGUUCCUGGAUGCAGCCAUAGCAGCUCGCCAUAGUAGCCAACGCUCCAACACCACUGAAGAAGAGCACAGGAAUUCACAUAUGCUCUUUACAUUACACAUAUAUCAGUAUCGCAUGGAAAAGACGGGAAAAGGAGGAAUGUCAGGAGGUCGCAGUCGCCUCCACCUGCUGGACCUGGGCAGCUGUGAUGUUAAAGUACUCGGAGGAGGAGGAGGAGGUGGUGGGAAAAGCAGGGAGAACUCUUCACCCAGCUCGGCUCCUCUGUGCCUUUCGCUGUCUGCACUCGGCAAUGUGAUUCUGGCCCUGGUCAAUGGAAGCAAACACAUCCCAUAUAAGGACAGCAAGCUGACCAUGUUGCUAAGGGAGUCGCUAGGCAACAUGAACUGCCGGACCACCAUGAUUGCUCACAUCUCUGCCUCACCUAGAGAUUUCUCAGAAACCCUCUCCACUAUUCAGAUUGCUUCCCGGGUGCUCCGCAUGAAAAAGAAGAAAACUAAAGUCACAGUGCAAUACACAUCCAGCUCCUCUGGGGGAGAAAGCUCCUGUGAGGAGGGUCGCAUGCGUCGUCCGACCCACCUGCGACCUUUCCAUCACCGCGGUGACACUGACUCUGACCUUCCGCUGCUGCGACUCUCCAGUGACCCCGACGAAUACUCCAGCAGCGAGCAGUCAUGUGACACAGUCAUCUACGUGGGUCCGAAUGGAGCAGCUGUGUCAGACAGAGAGCUAACGGACAAUGAGGGACCACCAGAAUUUGUACCAAUUAUUCCUGCGUUGCUUCGAGGUAAAACUUCAGAGCAAAGCCAAAAUCAGGCAGCAGGAGCACAGAACAAGGUGCAGUCUCAGCCAGACGAGCAGCCCAGUGGCCCCUCACAACCUUUGUCUCAAGCCUCUCAGUCUCUACUUGGUCAGCCGCUGGCUCCUGUCCCAGAGGAAGGAGCUGAAUGCCUGAAGUGCAACACCUUUGCUGAGCUGCAGGAGAGAUUGGACUGCAUCGAUGGCAGCGAGGAGGUGGCCAAGUUUCCCUUUGAAGAGGCUCCAGCUAUCAAACAAGGGGUCAAACAAGAGGCAUGUCCAUCUUCAUCUGUUCCAGCUGCUGCUCCUGCUCCAGCCCCUCCAGCUGUGUUGGAUACAGAAGCCAAAACAGGACCUGCGUGUGAUGUAGGAGGUGCUGUGCAGGUGUCCAGGAGGAGGACCAAUGACCAGCAGCUGCAGGAGAUCAAGGAGGUGGUGGAGGAGGCUGAGCUGGCCCAGACAAUGAUCCACAGCUUGACUCAGAGUUCUGGCUGCCCAACAGUUACAAGUACCAGAAGCAUUACAGGAAGCAGCAGCAUCACCUCUAACCCACUGCACAGAGCCAAGAACUCCCACCUACAUGACAGUCGUGAGAGUCUGAAUGUGGUGGGCAGCAAUUGUGAGGGGAAGUCACGACCUCUAGGAUCACCACGUCUUGGAAUUGCCAGCCUGACCAAAACCUCAGAGUACAGGCCUCCAUCAUCCCCAUCCCAGCGGUGCAAAGUGUAUACCCAAAAGGGUGUCAUUCCAGCAAUGCAGCCUGUAUCCUCAAACACUCAGGAAGGCCAGGCCCUGGAUGCUUUGACCUCAGACAACAGCUUGGCUGCAGACAGUGGUCGUUCCUCCACAGAGUCCCUGCUGUCCAGGAGUUCUCCUGCAGGGAUGAGCCCACAAGUCCGUGAGACGACUCCAUCGUUAUCUGCCAGCCUGGGCUCAGCUGAGACGCUCUGCGAUGAUGAUGUACCACCAAUACCUUUGGAUAGCAAGGAUGGAGUCUCAGGUUCAGCAGCAUCUGCAGUAAUACUUGGACCUCCUGUACUUGGUGAUGAUGAACUGGUGUACACUGUGGUUACUGGAGAUGGAGUCGUGGAGGAUCACAUGCUUGUAGGUCCUGCAACAUCUUCGGGGCUUUCAGAUGUUGUUGCCAUGGCAGAGGUGGCAAUGGCCAAGCUGCGGACAGAAGGUGAAUCCUUAGCCACAGGAAUGUCAAACUGUGGUUCACCCAUCUCUUCCUGGGUGAGUGAUCUGAGUAUGGGCAGCGAAGCUGAUCAGUCUCUUCAUAGCUUCAGCCAGUCCCAGAGCCAGCAAGGGGAGGCACUGGCUGAUCCUGAUCCCAACUUUGGAAUCGAGACGCUGGGUGGUUAUGAAAAUGGUGGUACCCCAAGAAGAGGGAGUCUGGAAGGGGAAAUGGUACUGUCAGAGAACCAGAGUGAUAAGGGUACUCCAACUAAAGAAAGGCUGAGAAAACUGCCUCCUUCUAUGGCUAAAACUAACAUCCAAAUUCUGGCAGGACCUGGCAACAUGUCUCCUUUUAAGACCAACAUCCUUGUUCACCCAUGUGCAGCUGUCAAACCCAUGGUCGUCCAGGAAGCCACCAUCCUCUCCUCACCUACAAAGGCCAACUUUAUGAAAGAUCCAGUCAAAACCAAUGCAGCAUUUAUAGCAUCUAUUUCAAGUGAGAUGAGCUUUGAAGACCCCUGGCUGAAACGUGGUACAGAAGAAGGAAAGUCCAAGGAACUAGUGUGUGAAGGGAAACUGGAGAAGAGGGAGGCAGAGCAUUCGAAGGGCCACUCAGUAGAUAAGGCAAAUGGUGGGGGUGGUGAUCAUGGCAGUUCAAGUUCAGGUGGUGAGGUGGUGUCAUCGCCAGACUCUUUUAAGCGAGUGGUGGAUGGUUGUGAGAUGGUGGCUGUUGUUGCCCAAGGUGAAUGCUUGACUAGUGUUUAUAACCCAGAUAUCCACCGUACAGCUAGUCUACCACGCGGAUGGCACCGAGUCAACCGCCAUGACGGCUUAGACAAUGGAAGCGAGUACCAUAAUCUUGGAGUCACCACUUCAACUCCUUGUAGUCCCCGUGCCACACUUGAUCGCUGGGGAUCCAAUGGAAAGCAGGGCUUUUUCUCUCAUAAAAAAGGGGGAAUCCCACCGCUGCCGCCUGUACGAAAGUCCAGUCUAGACCAGCGGAACAGGGCAGCCAGCCCUCUCCAGCAAACCACACAUGGAGUCUCAUCGCAGGGGAACUCGGCAGAUGAUGCAGGGGUAUCUGGCUGUGGCCCUGCAGGAGUAACUCGACAGCGAGGCUCCAGCAUAGACAGUAGUAGGCUUUUCAGUGCCAAGUUGGAGCAGCUUGCCAACAGAACCAACUCUCUGGGCCGAGUCCACAGCUCACACAGUGGUUCCCAUCAUUAUGACUGCUUUUCCUUGGAGAGAGGUGAGAGUCUUAGAGGGGGAGGAGGAGUGAAGGGAGACAGUACCAUGCCUCGCACUGGACGCAGCCUCAACCGUGCUGGAUCACUAUCUUCUUCUUCUGGAAACACCAGCAGCCUUUUCAGUGGCAGUACCAGUCCAAACAGCGCUCCACAGUCACCAUCUAAGACCAGCAGCCAGUCAAAGAUAUCAGCAGUUAGUAAGCUGCUGAUGACCAGCAGUCCCAAGGCCAGGAGUCUGUCUGCCUCCAGCACCAAGACUCUGAGCUUCUCUACUAAGUCUUUAAGCCAAAGCUCCAGCCGGAGCUCCAGCCUUCCUCCUAAUGGAAAGCCCCAGAGUUCAGUCCCGGCCCCUGUGCAGCAGCAGGGACCUGCCCCUGGGUCCUGGUCUACCCAGUCUCUGAGUCGAAGUCGAGGGGGAAGUCUGGCUGCUAAGCUUCCUCUCCGAGCUGUCAACGGUCGAAUCUCAGAGCUACUCCAGGGGAGUGCUGGCUCCCGUUCCAGGAGUCACGUUCAGGGAGGAGGCACAGAUCCAACAGAGGAAAGAGGGACGAGUGGAGGAGGAGGUGGAGCAGGAGGCGGUGGGGGAGAUAGCCUGGGAGAGGAGAGGGCAGCAGUGGUACAAACACUGCCUUCUCCCUACAGCAAGAUUACAGCUCCCAGAAAACCACACCGCUGCAGUAGCGGCCAUGCUAGUGACAACAGCAGUGUGUUGAGUGGUGAGCUCCCUCCGGCAAUGGGGAAGACGGCUUUGUUUUACCACAGUGGAGGCAGCAGUGGGUAUGAGAGCAUGCUGAGAGACAGCAGUGAGAACACAGGAAGUACCUCCUCUGCUCAGGACUCCCUCAGUGAGCACAGCUCAGCCACCACCUCCUCUCGACGGAGCUCCAGAAGCAGCAAGAAGAGCAGGAGCAACACAGGUCUCCAGCGUCGACGUCUGAUCCCAGCACUAACCUUGGACUCCUCUUCAUCAUCGCCUUCUCACCGUUCCUCCAAACAAGCCAUCACUUCCUCUUCUUCCUCCUCCUCCAGCCCUGGUGCAUGCUGGGUCGACGGGCCACUUGGGCCACCUGCACCCUCAAACCUCCGGGCAGUGACCGCAACAACAGAAACCUUUGAGAUCAAGGUGUACGAGAUAGAUGAUGUUGAACGGCUGCAGAAAAGGAAGGACAAAGGAGGGAGCAAGGAGGUGGUGUAUGUCAGUGCCAAGCUUCGUCUGUUGGAGCACCGCCAGCAGCGAAUCAGUGAAGUCAGAGCCAAGUACCAGUGUCUCAAGAAAGAACUGGAACAAACCAAACAGUACUUGAUGCUGGAGCCACACAAGUGGACCACUGAGUUUGAGCUGCAGCAGGCCUAUGAAGUGGACUCAUUGGAGUAUUUGGAGGCUCUGGAAACAGUGACAGACAAACUGGAGACCAGAGUCAACUUUUGCAAAGCCCAUCUUAUGAUGAUCACCUGCUUUGAUGUGUCCUCAAGGCAUCAGUAGACAGAUGGCGGGACAGAGAAGUGGACUCAACGAUGUCAAUGUCUAGACCAUUCCCCCUGACUAAUCAAACACAUUUAGAAAAUCUUUAACUACAGCUCGACAGUUGGAGGGAUGAACACAGGAAUAGACUGACCGCAUGAUCCUGCAUAUUAUUCCGGCGUCUUGUCCAGAUGUGAGUAAGCAGAAGGCCAGGUGGCCGGGAAAAUCAGAAGAAGAUUUAUGGAGAUAAAUUAACAGAAAAACAGAGAAAAGAUUUGUAGAUUUGUUUGCUGGGGCUUGGAAACAACCUCAGAAACUAUCUAAUGGAUGGGCUACUUUCAAUCAGAGAAAAUAUGGCUGCCCAAAUAGUGUAUGAGAGUCUAAAAGACAUGUCAAACCAAGUAACCAGAGAACAAAAUAAUUGGACCGCAGUGACACGCAGUGAGUCAAACUUUCAAAGAAUGUACCGAGAGCAAAACAAGGCUAUAGCUGAACAAAAACUUCCAUUUUUUAAGAAGGAGAAAGCUGAAGUUGAGGUGCAAGAGAAGAAUAAUUUCACAUCUAACACAUUUUGGAAGAACAUUUUUUACAUGGUUAAAAGCCUUUGGCUGUAAAUACAGAGUGCUGACUACAGAAUGGCCUGGUAUUGUUGUGCAGCAAAUAAAAGAGACUAACUGAGAGAGAAUGACAAGAGGACGAAGGAAAAGAUUUAGAAGUGCCUUGUGAACAUUUCAACAAUACCAAGACCAAGUCUCCUUCUCUCUAACUUUGUGUACAAGUAAGUAUGGUGCUAGUAUAGAAACAUCCAGAAAAGAUCAGUGUCCUUGGAAGCAGUUUUCAUUUUCUUUUCUAAAUGUGAUGUUUUACUGUGGGUCAGUGUUUCACUAUAUGAUAAACAAACUAAUAAUGUGUGUUUCAAUGUAUGGUCUUUGGUACAUUGAUUAGAGAUCAGAGAAACAAAGUUAAAGUGGACCUGUUAUGCUCUUUAUUUUUACUCUCGGACUCCACAGGAGCCGCUUUGCAUGAGUAACAAAUCAAAAUAAUCCUUAUUUAUUUUAUAAUAAUGUAUACUUUAUUGAUCCCCGUGGGGAAAUUACUUGUUUUUCUCUGCAUUUGACCCAUUCACUCAGUGAAGCAGUGGGCAGCCACUAAGCAGGCGCCCGGGGAGCAGUGUGUAGGGACGGUACCUUGCUCAGGGCUACCUCAGGGUAGCCGUUCAGUGGAUUCGAACCCCCGACCUUCCGAUCAUGGGGCAACCACUCUACCUACUGAGCUAUCCCUGCCCAUACUUCACUGGGCCUCAGUGAAGUGCUCUCAGUUCAUCCUCUGUGAAACACCAUUUUAGUUCUUCGUACUUAUUCCCAACAGGAAAAGCAUAAUAGGUCCCCUUUAAAGGAAAACUACAGAUUGACAUAAUUAAACUGUUGGAAGGACCAAAAACCUAAAGUUAAAAGCAUUAAACAUUUUUCCAGGACACAAAGUUAUGUGUGUUUAAACAAAAACACUGAAUCUGGUAUCCUGUGGUGUCGUUUUUACUUUGGCUUUACUCACAAACGGAGCACAUGUGACUCUUGGCCCUCCGGGGCAUUCAUACACGAUGUUUCCCCCGAUAGAGAUUUUUAAUGUUCACAAAGCUAUGAAAUGUCAGAAGGCAGUAGAGGUGAAAACACUUCUCUCUGAUCUGGUGUUAAAUACAACCAACGACUGACUCCCUGCCUCCCUGCCUGACUCACAGGCAGUCUGUUUGUUAUUCGUAUCUGUGUUGUUCUGCUCUAUUCUAAAAGAAACUGAAUGAUUUGUCAUUGUGUGUGUUUUAUAAUAAGGUAUCCUUUUUUUAUUUGAGUGCAAUGGGACCAUGUAGAGACUAUGUACGAUAGUAGCAUUGAGCAGGAUAAUCGAAAUCUGAAGACAUAUUUAUAGAUAAAUUGUGAGGAACACACAGGUGCGUCGAUAUACUGUGUUUAACAUUUAAUUACAACGAAACAAGGUAGUAGAUUUAGUCAAUACUUUGGGACUACAGUUAUAGGGUGUUUAAACACUUCUAAUAUCCCCUAUAUUUUAAAGGACAAUUAAAUUAUAUAAAAGAAUUAAAGGAACCUAAUUAAAAAGGGAGGAGACGAGCUUAAAAGACAUAGAUCUCUGCCUGGUUCCACUUUUUGGAUGGAUAGCAACUCCUAAGAUUUGUUAGUAUUAUUAUCUAUGGUGCUUGAGAUGCUUAUGAUCUAAAUGUUUGUACAAAUAUAAAUAUACGAAAGAGUCCAUUUCCCCCUGAAACACAAAACAACGCCUUUCAAAUGCUUCUUUUACACCGCUGUCAUCGUGUCUGUUGUUGUCGAGCAGAGAGCAUUAUGGGAGAGCGACUUGAGGGCAGUGGAAAUGAUGUCACCGUAUUGGUGUAAUUUGUCAAAAGCGUUGUAGUGCUGAUUUUUUUCUCCGCUAAGAGCAUGAAACCAGAAUGUGCUGUCGCUGAAACAGAAAAUACAGUUAAUUCAGUGAAGUUUUGAUCUUCACAUGGAUCUGAAUGAGGAAACGGCUAAUGAUUUCAUGUAGUGCACACUGGCAGGGAUAGCCAAGAGAUAAUCUAGUGAGAAAUUACCCCUGAGAGCAAGACGCUUUUGACAAACUUGAGAGGGUUUUUUUGUUUUUUAACAGCAUCUCUGAUCAUUUCCUGUUUUUACCCCCGUGUUCAUCGUGCAAGUCAUGAAUGAAAGUUUAUUUAUUUGAGUUGCUAAUUAAUGUUCUUAUUUAUGUACACCUCAUGAUCUUACAAAGUUACUAUGCAUUGAUGAAAAAGAAAAAUAACUGUACAUACUUUGCUGAGCCCACGUCAUAUAUAAAUAUAUAUACUGUGCACAUAUCAUAUAUGCCAUCAUUUUUAUUUUAGAUAUUUUUUUUGUUGUUGGUUUCAUUUGCUCCUGUUGUUCCUCUUGAGGAUUUCAAUGGGUUUGGUUCCCCAAACAUUCACAUGCAGAACAGGGAUGCUAGUUGAUUACAUGCAAAUCAGAAGCCUUCCAGUAUGAAGGCAGCUGUGUUGCUUUAAGAGAAAUGUCUGUGUCUUAUGAACUGCAGCCCUGUGUAAUUAGCAGCGAGUGUUUUGGGAAAUCUAACCUCUAAAUGAGCUAAUGGCUUGUAUUGAACUAUCCUUUUUAAGAUGCUAUGUGGGAGGUUUCUUCCUUGAUAUGUUACUGCCAAAUCUAAUGGGAUAUCCCUUUAUUAUUGUAAUAAUAAUCAAAAAUUGCUAGAAACUAUUACAGCUAAAAGAAUAGUGAAAGUGAGCUAAGCGGGGUGUUUUAAAUCAAGUUAUUCACAGAUUUCCAUCUGCAAAGUCACUCUGUAAGGCAAACAAAAGCAUCACAUGAUCUAUGGAAUAAACUGACAAAUAUGG